AUGCAGAAAAUCCGCUCCCUCUAUCAGGGCAACCGCCCGGACGUCAAGAUCCGUCUGAAUCGCGAGAGGAGUGUCUACACCACUUUGGAUCAACUCGACGGCGUCGUCACCAUCACAUGCACCUCUGACAUCUCAUUCGACGAUGUCGAGAUCGAGUUUGUAGGCACAUCAAGAACAUUUGUCGAGCGAUUGACCACCGCGGCCGCUAUCUCUGGACGAUCAGAAGCUUUCCACCAGUUUUUGAAGCUGCAACAACCCGACUGCAGAGAACAAUAUCCCGCAGAUCGUGUUUUCCGAGCCGGCCAAAAGUACGAAUUCCCCUUUGUCUUUGUCGUUCCUCAGCAUCUCCUCCCACGAGUAUGCCAGCACAAGGCGGUCAGCCUGGCUGUGCGAGAUGCCCACCUUCAAUUGCCUCCAAGUUUUGGCGACCAGGAGCAUGAGGAUAGCAAUGUCUCUGAUGACAUGGUCCCCGAGAUGGCCAGCAUUCGUUAUGGAGUCUUCGCACGUGUCUCCAAGAACAAGGACGCCGCCGAGGGCGAGGCCAAACCCAUCACAAUCGCCAGCAAAGCCAAGCGCCUACGAGUGAUUCCCGCUCACGACGAGCAACCUCCUCUCGACGUCGACGGCAAGGACUCGGAAUACACCAUGCGCAAGGAACGUUCCAUCCGCAAGGGAGUGCUCAAAGGCAAACUCGGCACCCUCGUCAUGGACGCCAACCAACCGCCCAGCAUGGUCCUCCAAUCCCACCCUACCUCCGACAAGCAAACCACUUCCCGCGCCACCAUUCAACUCCGCUUCGAUCCUGCAGACUCCUCCUGCCCACCUCCUCGCAUUGGCAGCCUGACCAGCCGUCUGAAGGUGUGCACCUACUUCUCCAGCACCGCUCGCCACACUUUCCCUACGAAGUCAUCCGCCAUCACCGACUUGUCCCAAGGCAUGCACUCGGAACAAAUCAACCUCUCCUCCCGCUGCAUGGCCGCAGUGGAAUGGACAAAGCACGACCCGAAAAAGGCUCCAUCACGCCGCGACUCCGGCAUGUCCAUCUCCUCCACGAGCAUGCUCCCUCACCCAGAGCCAUCAUCAACCUACAAGGCCGGAUCGCCCUACUACGUUGCAGCACUCACCGUACCCCUCACCCUCCCCUCCAACAAAUCCUUUGUCCCAACUUUCCACUCCUGCCUCGUCUCUCGGAUCUACCAACUCAAAUUCGAGCUGGGUCUGCAAACCGCUGGUCUGGGCGGCACGCUCGACUUGAAAGUCCCCUUCCAGCUAUCCUGCGAGUCGACUUCGAACGGCGAUGCGUCUCCACGCCGAGGCUCGGUCGUGACGCCCGCUGCCAACGAGGAGGAGAGUGUGGAUGCGUACUUUGCGCCGCGGGACGUCACCAACGGGCCUGCGCCGGCUUAUGGACUCGCGGGAGGUGUGGAUAUGGAGGAUGCGCCGCCGGGGUAUAGCUCUUUCGCACCGAUGAGGGCGGUCGGCACGACCUUGCCUGUUUACUAG